AUGAGAGAUUCUUGCAAAGUCUCUAUAGUUCUUCUUCUGGUUAUAAUCAAUGGUGUAUUUGGAGAUAACCCUUAUAGAUUCUUCACCUGGAAAAUAACUUAUGGCGACAUUUAUCCCCUUGGUGUUAAACAACAGGGAAUUUUGAUAAAUGGGCAGUUUCCUGGACCUCACAUUGACGCAGUCACAAAUGAUAAUAUCAUUAUCAGUGUUUUUAACUACUUGAAAGAGCCUUUCCUCAUUUCUUGGAACGGAGUGCAACAGAGGAAGAACUCAUGGCAAGAUGGUGUCGUAGGCACAACAUGUCCAAUCCCACCUGGCAAAAACUUCACUUACAUAAUCCAAGUCAAAGAUCAAAUCGGUAGCUUCUACUAUUUCCCUUCUCUUGCCUUCCACAAAGCCGCUGGUGCCUUUGGAGCCAUCCGUGUCUGGAGCCGUCCUCGCAUCCCCGUCCCGUUCCCUUCUCCUGACGGCGACUUCUGGCUUCUCGCCGGAGAUUGGUACAAAACCAACCACUAUGUUUUGAGACGUCUCUUAGAAGCCGGAAGGAAUAUUCCGGCGCCUGAUGGCGUUCUCAUCAAUGGCCGUGGCUGGGGAGGCAACACCUUCACGGUACAACCCGGAAAGACGUACAGAUUCAGAAUCUCAAACGUUGGAAUCGCGACUUCGUUAAACUUUAGAAUCCAAGGACACACGAUGAAGCUCGUUGAAGUGGAAGGCUCUCACACUAUUCAAAACGUCUACACUUCACUUGACAUUCAUUUAGGCCAAUCUUACUCUGUUCUCGUCACCGCUAAUCAAGCCCCUCAAGACUAUUACAUCGUCGUCUCCUCCAGGUUCACACGCAAAGUGCUCACCACGACUUCGAUUCUCCAUUACAGUAACUCCAGAAGAGGCGUCUCUGGUCCUGCUCCAUCUGGACCUACUUUGGACAUUGCCUCCUCGCUCUUCCAAGCUCGAACUAUCAAGAGGAAUCUAACCGCGAGUGGUCCGAGACCGAACCCCCAAGGCUCGUAUCAUUACGGUUUGAUUAAACCAGGCCGUACGAUCAUACUCGCUAACUCGGCUCCUUGGAUCAACGGCAAGCAAAGGUACGCCGUGAACGGUGCCUCUUUUGUUGCGCCUGACACGCCGUUGAAGCUUGCCGAUCACUUCAAGAUUCCCGGAGUUUUUAACCUAGGAAGCAUCCCAACGAGUCCUUCUGGUGGAAGCGGUGGGUACCUUCAGAGCUCAGUUAUGGCUGCUAACUUCAGAGAGUUCAUCGAGAUUGUUUUCCAGAACUGGGAAAAUUCAGUCCAGUCUUGGCACAUCGCCGGUUACUCUUUCUUUGUCGUCGGUAUGGACGGAGGCCAAUGGACACCAGGAAGCCGAUCAAAGUACAACCUCCGGGAUGCGGUUUCACGGUCCACCGUUCAAGUAUACCCGAGGGCAUGGACAGCAAUCUACAUAGCGUUAGAUAAUGUUGGAAUGUGGAACAUAAGGUCGGAGAAUUGGGCAAGACAAUAUUUAGGGCAACAAUUCUAUCUCCGAGUUUACACUUCCUCUACUUCGUACCGAGAUGAGUAUCCACCACCAAAGAACGCUCUUAUGUGUGGAAGAGCUAGAGGCCGACACACCAGGCCGUUCUAG